AUGCAGCCGGAUGUCCCGUCUGCCCCGGAGUUUUUGGCUCCCGUUCCGCGUGGGUUUGGCGUUGACAGUGCCGUACGCUUCUCUCGUAGGGUUUCGUUUUCGUGGGCGCCCUUGGUGAGUUUAUUUAUUCGGAUGCCGCCCGUACGCAACACACACCCAAUCCCUACAGCCACACACCCCAUACCAAAGACACCACAGUUUCCCGCACACCCCACACACAGCUGCCACCCACCCACAGAUUAUUACACAAGCCACCCAUAA